AUGACUAGCAGCAGUCUCCUGCCAGCAGGAACAGCUAUAUCGGGCGACUAUAGCGGGCACUAUCGACCACAGCUUCACUUUUCACCACCCCAAGGAUUUAUGAAUGAUCCGAAUGGCAUGUUUUUGGAUGCGGAAGGCACAUAUCACCUAUACUACCAAUACAACCCUUCAGCUACCAUAGCAGGUAACCAACACUGGGGUCAUGCCACAUCCACCGAUCUAUAUACCUGGGAGAAUCAACCUAUUGCCCUAGCUCCCGACAACUCAACCGCCUAUAUCUUCAGUGGAAGUGCGGUGACAGACCCAAACAAUACCUCCGGCUUCUUCCCAAAUCAGACAAAUGGUGUUGUAGCAAUCUAUACUCUGGCUGGACCACAACAGCAAGUCCAAGACAUUGCCUAUUCAUACGAUAACGGAUACACCUUCACCAAAUACGCCGGCAAUCCCGUCCUCUCAGCCGGCAGCGCUCAAUUCCGAGACCCCAAGGUCUUCUGGUACGAAGACCACUGGGUCAUGGUCGUUGCUUUCUCCCAAGAAUUCGUUCUAGCCAUCUACACGUCUCCAAACCUCACUUCCUGGUCUCAUGCAAGCAAUUUCUCCUAUCACGGAUUACUAGGUACACAAUACGAAUGUCCUAAUCUUGUCGAGAUGCAGGUCUAUGGCAGUAAUGAAACGAUGUGGCUUAUGUAUCUCUCGAUCAACCCUGGAGCUCCCCUUGGUGGGUCGAUAGGAGAGUACUUCCCUGGAAGCUUCAAUGGUACUCAUUUCACGGCGGUGGAUGCUGCGGCACGAAUCGCGGAUUGGGGCAAGGACAACUAUGCUAGUCAGUUCUUUUAUGGCACUGGUACGGAAGCUAUCAGUAUAGCUUGGGCGAGUAACUGGCAGUACUGCAAUCUUGUGCCUACUGGUCCGGCGGAGGGAUGGCAGAGUACGAUGUCGUUGCCGAGGACCAAUUACCUCAGACAGGGUGCGAGAAACCAAGGAUAUACUCUUGUCAGUCUGCCGUAUGAUCUUGCUCGACUAAGGAGUAGCGAAAGCACUGCUUCAACAACCAACCUUGGCGCUAACGGCACAUUAUUCGCCGACGUGAGCGGUGGAAGUGGCGCAUUCAUGCUUGACGUGAACGUCACAGGCCUCAACCUUACAGGUCUCAGCAACACGGCCAGCAUAAACUUUACCAUAUCCUCAAGCGGGUCGCGGGAGUCUAUCACUGGCGGUAUCUUUGUUGCUGGAGAUUCGACGAUGUGGCUUGACCGCGGAGGUAUCAGUGGCUGGGACAACGUAUACAACACAAACCGGUUCUCGACAGCGUUGGUUUUGAACAAUACCCUUGACUUCCAAGUGGUUGUGGAUCGCAGCAUAAUUGAAGUGUUUGCGCUGGAGGGAGAAAGGAGUGCGACGGCGGUGUAUUAUUCUGAAGCAUUGCUUGAUACUGUCGUUCUGAGAAGUGGCAACCUGAACUCUGGCGUGAGUAUCAAUGCACAGGUUCGUAUGCUGAACGGUACUUGGGGUAGUGGUGCGAUACAGGCCAAUGGAACUUCUGUUGGUCAGAAUAGCACAGGUAUGGUCAGAAGAGAGCUUGUAGCAGAGGAGUCGUGGAAGUUCUGA